AUAACUUAACAACCCUCAUCCCUUGCCUUCCCACCCUCACUGGUCCUACAGGGCGCGUUCGGGUGUUUCUGUUGGCCGCUUUUCAACCCCCUUCACACUGUUCGCUUUACAGACGCACGCACACACGUACGGUCAUUACGUGCGGGGUACGGGCGCGGACAGGUUUUACUCGUCAAGCAGUUAGCCAGCCAGUCAGUUUCAUCUCACAACGACGCGCGUACUCGUCUCACGUCUUGGACAACGACGACGACGACGACGGCCAAGACGGCAACUUCUUCUCAUUCUCACGCGCAGUGUGGCGAAGUAAUGCAACAAAAUUCGGAGCUUCUAUCUGGGCGUGCCAAGACCACCACAACAACAGUGUGCCGCCCGCAUGUAAACAAAUAAGGGGCUGAGCUUGUUUGACUGUUUCACCAAAGAAACGCAUUCAGUCGUCCCAAGGAUAGCGGUAGUAGUUGCCAGCGGAGCGCUAACUAAUAGUGUGUGCGCUCGCCCGAAUAGGAACACCCGGUGAAGGUGUAAAAAGACCUAUAGACAAACGGACCUCUAUUUGCCGUCUCAAACCCGCCAGCUUGAUUUAGCUACGAUGAAGCGUCGCUCGCUGUCGGGCAACUGUGGCGUUGGCGUGUUCGUGAUCGCGCUGGUGACGGUGCUGGUUGCGUUUGCCACGCCGAGCUGGCUGGUAAGUGACUAUCGCAUUACCGGCGCCAAGCUGGACCGGUUGGGCCUGUGGACGCACUGCUUCCGGUCGCUGCCAGACGUUAACGAUGACUACCAGCGUCGCUUUUUCGUCGGCUGCCGUUGGGUGUACGAUCCGUUUACGACAGGAUACGACGAGAUACGCGGCUUUCUUAUUCCACCGUUCAUGGUGGCCACCCAAUUCUUCUACACGCUCUGCGCUAUCGGUGUAAUAUUGGCGAUGGUUUUGGUGCUCCUAUACUUCCUGUGUGCCGGACCGGACCAAAAGUUCUUUGUCAAGCUUAUCAAGGCAAUCAGCUUCAUUACACUGGCGGCAUCGAUCUGCGGCAGCAUCGGGGUGAUCGUGUUCGCCUGCUUCGGCAAUAAGGACAAGUGGAUGCCGGAACAUGCGAACAAUUGGUUCGGCUGGUCAUUCAUCCUGGCGUGUAUCGGUGUGGUGGCGUGUGCCGUCGCAUCCUCACUGUUCUUCACCGAGGCACACGUGCAGGCACGCAAGCGGCGACAGCUGAAGGAAUCACAGACCCAGUUCCAGAUGGACAGUGAAUCGAAAGCAUAAGUCGCCUUACACUCCACACACACACACACACACACACGCGCGCAAGCACGCACUAACCGCGUGUCCCCAUCUCGCUAUGACCGCAGCAAAACGUUCGACCAGCGCACAACACAUUGUAUGACGCACAAACUAUGCGUACCAAUCAUAAUCCCAUAAUCCCAUCGAUCGAGUUCGACUUCAUCAUCGCAAAGUACAACAGUUAACAACGGGGAAGCUCUGAAUCGUGCCGAACGUGCGGCCAGAGUCGUGACGAAGGGGCGAAUGGCGUUUCAGUAGGUCCGCAGUGAGCGAAAAGGAGCAGCUAUAGGGAAAAGCGGCGUACCUAGUUUAUAGGAAAGAUUAGUCUGUUGUGCAAGGCAAUCUCAAUCAGCGUACCGUCCAAGCUGAAGCUAUUCAAGUGUCUUCUACUGUUUUUAAAAAGCUAUAUUUUUGUAGUGUAUGUCUUAAUUUUACGUUUCCACGGAACAGCAUCCGUCCAUUUUUAGUAUUACUUGCACUUCCGUUUUAGCGGUUCGACUAUUUCCAAGCUCGAAAGAUGUUGCCAAUACAAAACAGAAUAUGAUUAUGUAAUGUAUAAACGUACUAAUCUACAACCGAAAGGCGUGUGCUUUAAUUGCCCUUAGGUUUGUAGCGGAAUUGCAUUUGAAAGAUUUUAUUGUACUCCAUAUUCGUAGAUAAAAAAGAACCGCAUCACCAUAAGCAAUGCAGCAGCAGAAGUUGCUUGUAAAAGUUGCCUUAAAUAAGAUAAACAAGCAAAUAUUUUGAUUGAAAGCAAACACACCACAUUCCUACGUUCACACGUACAGGAAAAGAAAUUCAAGAGCUUAACACUGAUCCUAACAUUCCAUUGCGAAACUUUGGAAUCUCUAUAAACGAAUGCAAAUUUUGUAGAAUAACAACGAAUCUAUCCAAAACGACGAGAAUAUUGGGUAUGAUGAGAAGAAUGAGCAAUAUACAAAGCUUGGUAAAUGUUUUUACAAUCAAAUAUGAUCGGUAGCGUGGGGAAAAGUAG